UCCACUGUUUUCAAAAAAACAUCACUUUUAAGACCAUGUUACGAUCGUCUUCGUGAGCAUUUCAAGAUGAAAUUCGAACUAAUAUCAUUAUUGCUGUUAUUCAUGUCAUGGCACGGUGUGUUUUCCGAUUCCAUUCUACAACUUCAAUCGGAUAUUCGAGGACAGAGCUUGGAUGAGUUUGCUUUUGCUGUAAAAAAAGUGAAAAGUGAUGACAACGAGGGCUCCAUCAGUGAUAAUGGCGAUGGUCAACAUGAAAAUGAUAAUAAAAUUGUUAAAACUGACGAUUAUAACGAAGAAUACGAUGAUCACGACGACAAUGAUCAAAAUGGCAAUAGCUACGAUGUGCAAACGUCUUUAGCACCAAUGGAUUUACAAUCUAUACCGGCGGAAGAAAAAGAAUCAAAAAGCAAAAAUUCAAAAGUCUUCAAAACGAAAUCUGAUCACAAAAAGACAAAGAAAGCUAAAGCUGUUGUACACGAGAAAAAACUUGCCCAUAAAAGCAACUCCGAACAUAAAAAGGUUCAAGACAAGAAACAUGAAACGAAAAACAAACACACAAAAGAAAAGAAAUCGAAACACUUCGACAAAGAUCACCACAAGCUGCACAAACACAUUGCGGGAAAAACGUCGCAUGCCAUCCAAAAAAAUCACAAAACGAACAAGCACACUGCAGAAAAGAAGUGGAAACACGGUCACAAAAAUAACCACACAGACAAACAAACUGCGGAUCUGGCGAAAGACGAAGACGAAAAAGAGAACUUCGAUUUGAAUAAGCUUUUCCCACCGGAAAAACACGACCAGAAAGCCCAACCUUGGAUUGGCACCCAGUAUUCCGAUACCACACCAAAAAACCCAUGGUUUACACGACCUGCUGGACAAGCUCACAAGAAGCCUAACACUCACGGUGUGCAGGCUCCUUCGUGGAGGAAUCACAACAAAAAGAAUGCAGAAACCGGUGCUUCCCUUCAUCCAUACUGGACUCAAACACAACAACAAUACAGAAAUGAACGACUUCAGGUUCCCAGUCAAGUUGAAGAUAUCGAACCAAAAUUAUAUCAGAAUCUACAGCCUGCAACGUAUCCAAACCAACAGAAAUUUUCAUACCAGCAAAGCAGUUACCAGGAGCCACUGACUAUUGGGUACCAAGGUCAACAACCGACAACUGAUUUCAUGAAUCAACAGCAGUACAGUUCUAACUAUAAAACGACUACUGACUAUGAUGGCGCAAUGUCGAAUCAAUUCGGAAUGCCCAAAGCCCAGCUAUAUAGCACAGCACAGAAGCCUGCUUACACUGCCCAACCCGUGUGUCCAGCAUCAUGUGCUCAGAAAUGCACAACAGGUUGCUCGAUGGAAUGUUGUUCAAAGGAUUACAACAGAGCUGAAGAAUCUGAGCAAAACUUCUACGUGAGUGGAUGUCCCCGGGAGUGUCGACAGACAUGCGGCGUCCAUUGCCCACAAAAAUGCUGCGGUUUGAACUUAUGUCCAGUCUCCUGCCGCAAGUCGUGCGUUCCGUCAAGUUGUCCCAAGAAAUGUUGCUCGAUAUUAAAAGAGUACCUGCCACCAAUUGCUGCAACCACAAGUAAGCUAGCGGUUGCGACAUGUGCAAGUCACUGCAUGGACAAAUGCUCCACCGAUUGUCCUCAAGCUUGUUGCACUAAACGCAAAUUGCCAAAUAAAACAACGAAGUGCCCAUCGGUUUGCUCAAAAGGCUGCGCGGCUGAAUGUCCUAAAGAGUGUUGUGAAGCGCCCAAACAUCGUCUUUCGAAUGUCUGUCAAGAGUCCUGUAAACGGUCUUGCACUACUGCGUGUCCACCUCAAUGUUGCUCGUCCAAGAAACAACCGCAGACGCGAGCCGUGAUACCUCAGCGACGCGCUUUCAACGGCUGUCCUUCAAUUUGUCAGAUCGCAUGUGCCAGCGAGUGUCCAAAAUACUGCUGCGUUGUGGAGGACCGGGCGAACGGACACGAGAUGGAAAAGAACGGUAGCUCAUCCGAUAAUCAAGCAAAAGCGAAAGACGGCGAUGAUCUCGAGGACGAGGACAUGGACGAAAGCGAGGAACAGAAACACAACUUGCUCGUACUGGAGAAAAUGAAAGAGUUGAAAGAAAAAGAGAAGAAGCGAUUGGAAGAAAAAGCCAAAGAUGAAAUUGCGAUUGCUCGAGCAAAACAAGAGGAAAAAGAGAACAAGAAUUGCCCAGCGAGUUGCAACAGCGCAUGCAACGCUAGAUGCUGUAGGUUAUGCACGUUGCCAGGGCAUAAACCCCAUUUCUGCUGCAAGGUCUACUACAAACUGGCUUUUCCGGAUUGUCCAGCUAUCUGCGAAAAAAGAUGUGACGAAACAUGUCCACGACGCUGCUGUGGUCCUCGAAUCUAAAAAUUGUGUCGAGCACAUCGGUGGAUAUAAAGCGUUUGACCAUUGAAAUAACUGUUUCACAACAACAAAAACUACCGAGUGUCGCCUGAAAAUCACUGCAUGUCAAGCAUUUUAAAAUUUGAUGGACGAAUGAUUAGCUUGAGAUGUGGAAAACGUAAUGCUUAUUAAUUUUCAUAUAUAUAUGCAUCUACGCAUGAUGGAAGAAAUUAAACUUAUCCAGAAAUUAA